AUGCCCAUCAUUGAUGUCAGCAGCACAGAGAUCAUCAAUACGCAAACGACAACGAAAAAGAAACGUUCGAACAAGAAACGACGACAUCGAAAAUCGCAAUCAAAGGGAAAGAAUCUCGAUGGAAAUAAUUCGAACGGCCAAGUUGUAAAUGAAAAUCCAUCUGAUUUGAAUCGAUUAACUCCAGCGAAUCUCGCUUCGCUUCGAUGGGAAAACCCGUUGACCGAUCCGAUUCUUGAAAAAGAACGUAUUGAACGUUACAAGGAACUUCGCCGGCAACGAUAUA